AUGAGCGAGAAUCAAGGUUUAUCAUACCCUAUUAAAGUUGAACGAGCGCAAAAUGUUUUGACCAUAAUUCCAGAAAUUUUACAUCCUGCUCAAAUCGAUGGACAAGGUCAUAUACAAAGAGUCAUACCUAUCCUUGAAGGGAAUAAUGAUAUAUGGACGGAUAGGGAAAUAAUGGCUCUAUUAACUUAUAUUGACAUUAACUAUAAUUUGUAUAAAAAAUAUAUAAAACAUUUUUGCAAUAGUCUCACCAAAAGUGUUUUCAAAGAUAGAAAUCCAAAAGAUAUUGAAAACCAAAUUCUAAAUUUAAGAAGAAUUUACAGACAACAACAUACUACUCGCUCAGAAAUGGCAAAGUCAGUGAGGAAUUCGGUUUGGUAUGAUGAUCUAGUUAAACUUUUUAAUAAAGAAUUUGAAGGAAUUAAAGCUUUGUGGGAAAUUAAUAUAGAAGAUAAUCUACGUGAUUUUCAUGAUUUUUACCAUCAUACUAUUCCUUAUAUUAAUAGAUAUGUUAAUUGGAGUGUUGAAGACUCACUUAAAAUGAUUAAUGUCAUUGAUACAUAUUUAGAGAUAUUUAUUAAAGAUACUGGUGUUUUUUUUCAAUGGAUGUCUGAAAAAGUUUUUUUAAGGUCUACUUCUAUCUCAAUAAAAAUUAGGUUUAAGCAUAUGAUAAAAUCAUAUAAAGAAAAGAAGUUGGAUGAAGAGUUGUUUGAAAGAUUGGAUCAAUUUUAUCCAAAGUAUAUAAAAAUGAAAGAUAAAAAAAAGGAAAACCGUAUAGACUCUUUAGAAUGGACAGCUGUAGAAACAGUCACUCUAUUUAAAACUUUAGUUGAAAAUAUAAAUAUAUAUCUAGAUAAUAAAAAAGUAUUUUAUAAAUGGAUAAAACAAACCAUUUUUAAAAAUAGGUCAUCAUACUCUAUAAAAAAUAAAGUUGCAACUUUUAAUCCUAGUUCUAAAUUAUUUAUCAUGAGAAAGACAGAGAAUCUUACUGAAGAGGACAAAGAAAUUUAUAGAUGGGUUGAUGAAUUUUUUUCAAUUUAUUUUGAUAAUAAAAAAAGAACAAAAGGUAAUGAAUCACAGAAAAAAAUAAACGCUCAAGAUGCAAUAAAAAGGAAAUUGAUAAAACGAAAGCAGUUGUCAGCUUAUUAUGGAGUUAGUGAAGAAUUAUUAAAUCCUCCAAAUGUUGUGGAUAGGGCUUUUCACAAAUACAUUCCUUCAGAUUUAUUUGAUCUUGAUGCUGUACAGUCUUCAAGUCAAAAUAUUGUUCAUGCAAUAAAUGCAGAUGAUGAUGAGACAGGUUAUGCGGAUGAUGGUGAGGAACGUUGUGCGGGUGAUGAUGUUAAAUAUGCAUUUUCAUAUGGAUUAGAGAAGCCAUAUCGACCUUCGAUUAAAAGUAUCCAUCAACCAUUUAAGGGCUGUCUUACCAAUCCAAUUGAUGGCCUUAUAACUCAAGAAAUCAAAGUUCUUUUAGAGAUUAUUAACAAUUUAAUAAUAAGUAACCAGUCACUUUCCGAACGUAAUAAUGAGGAAUUUCAACAAAAUAAAUUGUUUUCAGUUUCACAAAAUCAUUAUACAUCAGUGUUUGUUCAUUGUGCCUUAAAUCAAAUUUUAGAUUCCAUUGGAUUUCUUUAUACUGUUAACUCUCAAAAGUAUUUCGUUAUUUUUAUAUUACAAAAAUCUAUUUUUUUGUGGGAAGUUGCAUAA